AUGGCGGAGACCGAUUAUAGAAUUUCAAUUGAAAAAUUCUUCAAUGGCGGAAGAUGCGAAGGAAGGCAGUCAGCGGUUCUUCGUUCCUCUCCCGUCGUCGACAGCAAAGAAGAUCAAGGGGAAGAUCCCCCGGUGCUCAUCUUCGUCGGAUUAAGGAGGAGAAGCACGAUUGGAAUCAGAAAUCGGGAAGCACCUCUAGGGCUUCACCGAUUCGAAGGAGGAGGAGGAGGAAAAUAUCGAUUCCCGGUGAGCCUUCCUUGUCCGUCAUCGGUAGAAAUCGAGGUAAACGAGUGGGAAAUAUCAAUUCUUCUCUUUGACUUUUGA